AUCUGAACCUCGCGGGGUGUUUCGAUAUAAAUUGUUCUCGUUAUUUAUUGCCUUAAUUCGACAAUGGGGCCCUCACGGCGUUGAUGGUUAAGGUUUUCCUCUGUUGUCUUCUCAUCGUAGCAGUUAGCGUCGCGUUACUCGGCGAUCUCGCGAGAAUGAACAAAUUCGUAGGGUUUUUCGCCCUCUUCGCCGCCAUUUUCGGGGGAUCCACCGAGAAUCCGCGCGCAAGCGACAGCCUGAGGCUCGUCACCGUGUGGUUCAGGCACGGCGCCAGGACACCAGAGCUGAAAGACUCCUAUCCCAAUGACCCAUAUCAAGAGGACACUUUCCAGCCCGAAGGAUGGGGUCAACUUACGAACAACGGCAAGCAAAUGGCGUUCGACUUGGGCAAAUUGCUGCGCAAGCGCUACGACCAUUAUCUAGGCGACGUCUACACCCCCGAUCUGAUCAAGGCGACGACGACCGAUUACGACCGAACCAAGAUGUCGCUACUGUUGACUCUCGCUGGCUUAUUCGCGCCCUCCUUGUCCCAAAAAUGGCACGACACCCUCGACUGGAUGCCCAUACCCUACGACUACGACAAAGAAGAGCACGAUCACAUCCUCACGCGCCCAAACAAAUAUUGUCCGGUCUACUUCAACGAACUCCAAAGGGUCUUGGCUUCUGAAGAAACCGUCGCGUAUCUGAACUCCCAUCGGAAUACCACCGAGUACAUCGAGCAGCAUACCGGCAAGCCGAUGAAAACUCUGGGCCACGGUUUCCAAAUCUUCCAAACCCUCACUGCCGAGUACACGAUGAACUUGACCCUACCCGAAUGGACCGCUGAGGUCUUCCCCGACAAGGUGACAGAGUUCGCCGUCAAACAGUGCGAAAUGGAGAACCACAACACGAUACUGAAAAAACUCAACGGGGGCAGAUCGCUGCAGCGGGUGAUCAGACACAUGAGGGAGAAGGCGGAGGGCAUUCACCAACCUGACGGCCGCAAGAUGUAUCUCAAUUCGGGUCACGAGUUUGGGGUGCUCAGGCUAUUGGCCGCGCUCAAUCUAUACAAGCCGCACUUUCCCAAUUACUGCGCCGCCGCCAUCAUAGAGCUCCACUAUUUGGAGAAGGAGCAGGAUUACGCGGUCAAGGUGGUUCACGUCGACAACGUCUACAAGGAGCCGAAUGAGCUUCAGGUACCGGGAUGCGAUCUUUUUUGUCCGCUCAAUCAGUUCAUCGAACUGACGAAGGAACACGUGCCCAAUAACUACACGCAAGAGUGCGGUUCUUCGAUUUACUUAGAUUGAUUCGUCUCGCAUUUUAUUCUAGUCAAACGAAAUACGUUGUAAUUUAUUGUAGGAGUAAUAUUUAUUUGGUACACCGAAAUGUGAUCAGUAUUUCGCAAUAUAAUUUUUUCACAAAUUAA